AUGGCAUACAUUCGCUAUCGAACAUUUGAGGGUUACGAUGCGCCAUGGCGGUCAAUGAGCUCACAGGCGCUAAGCCCAGCACCACCUCCGACGCCGACGCUCUUCCGACGUAAACCACCAAAGCUCCCACUCGCCGCAACAAACAUCCCGCCCACGACAUCACCCGCCCAACCCACGCAAUCUCCCCGAUCAACAUUUUCCUUAUCCUCCAACGUCCCGGAAUCACCACACACCAUGGCCGAGAAAGAACUCUCAACCGUGCUCCAGCAGCUCCACCAGACGCUCAAGACGCACAACUACCAGCAAUCACCCUCAUUACUAGGCAAAGCCAAGAUUGCGCUCCUCCACCUCAACGCCCUCAUCCCGCAAGCCAAGUCGCCGCGGAAACACCUGCAGCUGGCACGUGAGACGCUCGAGCUAGGCGCCAUCAUCUCCAUCAGACUCAAAGACACCGAGUCCUUCACGCGCUACUUCCAGCAGCUACAGCCCUUUUACUCGUUGCCUGAAUCCACACUCCCCAAGGAUGGCAGCAACGCGAGCAAAGUCACGGGCCUGUAUCUGUUAUUGCUCCUGAGCGAGGGCGACUACGCAGGCUUCCACACGCAGCUUGAGACGCUCGAGGUGGCGGCUGCACAGGCGGGCGCGAAGCUAGAGGCCGAUCAGUUCAUCCAGUAUCCGAUUCGGUUGGAGCAGGCGCUCAUGGAGGGCAGCUAUGACAAGGUGUGGGGUGAGACCAAGAGCGAGAGGGUGCCUGGUGAGGAGUUUGGUCUGUUCACAGAGAUUCUCAUUGGAACUAUCCGCAAGGAAAUCGCUUCCUGCAGCGAGCGCGCGUACCCCUCCAUCCCCAUCUCGGACGCCAAAUCCCUCUUGUUCCUCGACUCGGAAGGCAGCGUCGUCAACUUUGCAAAGGAGUCGGGUUGGAUCGUCAAGGAUGGAAGGAUAUACUUCCCCCAGCAAGAGGAUGAUUAUCUGAGCAGAGAUAUUCUGGUUACAAGUGAUCAGGUUAUCGAGAACACUCUGGGUUAUGCGAGAGAGUUGGAGACGAUUGUCUAA